CUCAAACUUUCUAGUGGUUUGCUCACAGUCAAAGUCUCUCAACCGAAAGGUUGCUGAAUCAUUCUGACAAGUUGUUUGUGUACUGUACAGAUCAGCUGUCAGAGUUUUGUCUCUUCUUCAGCCACCGGCACCUCUAACACUGACAGGAUGGCACAAGAGUGGACACGUAUCUUCGAGAUUAAAGCAAAGAAUCUUAAACAAGGAGACUCCUGGCGUCUGGAGUUUGAUGACAGCCUUGUGCCUGACUGCCCAAACCUGGGCUGGGAGCAGUACAUCAGGAACACAUGUGCAUGGUUCGACUGCACCGAUUGUGGAAGAGGAUGGCCUUCUAACCGGGUGAUGGUGGUCUUCCACAUGCGCCUGAUAGACAGGCAGGGCGUUGUGAAGGUGAGGCGCUUCCGUCAGAACUGCAAGAUGUGCAACGCAGCUCCAAUGGAGAUGCCCAACAUCACCCCCGAGAACAUCGACAUCCUCCUGGAGAAUCUGGUGGAGAAGAUAAGAAUGAAAUGCUACCAUGAAGACCUGGGCAAAGGGAACAGGCCUUUUAUAAGCCUGGAUGUCAAAAGUCCCCAUGAGCCUGCUCAUUGUGAGGCCUGUAUGCAAGGCAUCUGCACAAGGAAUUGAGCUUGUCAUGUGUUGCUUUUAAGUCAGCCGUUUCUUGUUUUUAUUCUUUAAGUUUUUGAGAGUUUUAAUGAUGUUUAAUGCCUAAGCUCAUAGCAAAGCAUCAAGAUGUUCCCAAAAGUCAUUCUGUUUCAUUGUAUUGCUUCCUCUAUCAUAUUUAUAUAAUAAUCAAGUGCAUGUAAGCUUUCAUAUUUGUGCUUGUUUGUGGUCAGUUUUCUUUAACAUAUUAACUUGUUUGUUCAAAAGGAUUAAAGAAGCCUUCUUACAGACAGGCAUGUAACAGAUGAAUAAAGCUUAUACGAGCAAUAAACUAAUGUAUUUGUGA